GCGCCCGCGCUCUGGUCAGCUGAGCAGCGCGCGGUGGGUCGCGAGGCUGCGCGUCACUGUCCAGCUGCCCGAGCCGGCCGCCCCCACCCCGUCACCCCCGGCCAGUCCCCACGUGGGCGUAGGCGUCCGGCUCCGAAACUCUGAUCCUGGGCACGAUGCGGAGAAGGCAGUGACCCCAGAGGAGCCGGAUUGCGGCGGCGGGACCUGCUGCCAUGGCCCACCAACCUCUGAGCUGCCUAACUGAGAAGAGGGAUAGCCCCAGUGAGAGCCCAGGAAAUGGACCCCCCAAUCUGGCUCACCCCAGCUUGGACACAUUUACCCCAGAGGAACUGCUGCAACAGAUGAAGGAACUCCUGGUUGAGAACCACCAACUGAAAGAAGCCAUGAAGCUAAAUAAUCAAACUAUGAAGGGGCGAUUUGAGGAGCUUUCUGCCUGGACAGAGAAGCAGAAGGAGGAACGCCAGUUAUUUGAGACACAGAGCAAAGAGGCUAAGGAGCGCCUGAUGGCCUUGAGUGAUGAAAAUGAGAAAUUGAAAGAAGAGCUUGUAAGACUAAAAGAGAAAACAGAAAGACCACUGGAGGACCCUACAUUUGGCGCCAGGCUUCCGAAGGCAGACCCAGAGCAAGAAGUGGGGCAGCUGAAGACCCAGGUGGUGCGUCUUCGGGCUGAGAAGGCAGACCUGCUGGGCAUCAUCUCUGAACUGCAACUUAAGCUCACCUCCAGCAGCUCCUCAGAGGACUCCUUCGUUGAAAUCAGGAUGACUGAAGGAGAGGCUGAAGGGGCAAUAAAAGAAAUGAAGAACAACCCUAGACCUACCAGAAUGGACUCCAUUGACACGAGAAAAUCUACAGAAGGUACCAGACAUUACCUGGAAUUUGAGGAAUUAACUGUGAGCCAGCUCCUGCUUUGCCUAAGGGAAGAAAACCAGAAAGUGGAAAAACUUGAAAUCGCACUUAAAAAAGCUAAAGAAAGAAUUUCAGAUUUUGAAAAGAAAGCAAAUGAUCAUUCUGAGAUUGAGACCCAGACAGAGAGGAAUACAGGAAAUGAGAAUGGAGAGGAGAAAGCUCCAGAAAGUGUUGGCAGUGAAGUGCAAACAUUGAAUGUUCAGGUGACCUCUCUGUUUAAGGAGCUUCAAGAGGCUCAUACCAAACUCAGUGAAGCUGAGCUAAUGAAGAAGAGACUUCAAGAAAAGUGUCAGACUCUGGAAAGGAAAAUCUCUGCAACUCCAUCAGAGUUAAAUGAAAAGCAAGAGCUUGUUUAUAAUAACAAGAAGUUAGAACUUCAAGUGGAGAGCAUGCGAUCAGACAUCAAGAUGGAGCAAGCUAAAACAGAAGACCAGAAAUCCAGGCUAGCCAUUCUGCAGUCAACCCACAGCAAGCUUCUUCAAGAGCAUAAUAAUGCACUGAAAAUGAUUGAGGAACUAACCAAAAAACAGACAGAAAGUGUGGAAAACGCAGUGCUGCAAGAACUAAAUGAAAAACUGGAGCUGGCAGAGCAGGCUCUGGCUUCCAAGCAGCUUCAGAUGGAUGAGAUGAAACAGACGAUUGCCAAGCAGGAGGAGGACCUGGAAACCAUGACUGUCCUCAGGGCUCAGAUGGAGGUGUACUGUUCAGAUUUUCAUGCUGAAAGAGCAGCAAGAGAGAAGAUUCAUGAAGAAAAGGAGCAACUGGCCUUGCAGUUGGCAAUUUUGCUCAAAGAGAACAAUGAUUUUGAAGAUGGAGGCAGUAGGCAGUCCUUGAUGGAAAUGCAGAGUCGGCAUGGGGCAAGAACAAGUGACUCAGAGCAGCAGGCUUACCUGGUUCAAAGAGGAGCUGAGGAUAUGAGCUGGAGGCAGCAGCAACCAAGUAUUCCAAUUCAUUCUUGCCCUAAAUGUGGGGAAGUCCUGCCUGACAUAGACACAUUACAGAUCCAUGUCAUGGAUUGCAUCAUUUGAAUGUUCAUGUUUCAACUCCCCAAAGCUGUUGGUAAAUGUCAGAUUUUCUCCUCCAAGACUUAUACUUCUAAUUUGUUCUCACUCAAAUAUUUGGUCUCAUUAUUUCCUGGGAAAGAAAACAUAUGUAUCCUAAGGAAAGUAUCUUACAGAUUUCUGUGAACUUACAAAAUAGAAACCAAUUGCCACCCUUUCAGUAACAAAUCCAAUGUUUUUUCCCUUUUUUUUUCUUUAGUGUUUGUUUAUAUAAAUCAUUGAAUUGUUCAUGCAGUCAGCCAGCAUGGGACACCAUGUGAAUGAGCUCAUGGACUUACACGGAAAAAAAAAAAAACUUCACUGCUAAAAUUUAAGAUGCUUUUAAGAGGCAGGAAAAUUCAGAUGGUCAGGAAAAUUCUCUGAAGUUUGUUUGGGCUUUUUUAGGUAAAUUGUUCAUCAUCCAGUUGGAUCUUUUGUGAUAAAAUGUGUAUGAGUAUGCUCCAAUUUUACUGCAACCACAGUAAUUACACUGAAGUUACCGUAUGGCUCUUUGUGACUGAGCACUGUGAGUGUUCUGUUAUUAUCAGGACAAGUAGGGGCUGGGAUGUAGCUCAGGAGUAGAGUGCCUUCCUAGCAGUAAACUGUGUUUCCUAUAACUAUUCAGUGUUCCCGUUACCUUGUUUCUUUGUACUGCAGAUAUGUGGCCCUGUAAAAUAGAAAGUUUAACUUUAAAAAGAACAUAUGUUUUUUUCUGAGAUAAAGUAGCAUCUUUAUAAUCCCAAUAGUUAUUACAAGAUAAAAUUUUUCUACAAAUCUAUAAUAUUGCUUGUGUGAUCAGGACCAUCAUAAUAUGUAUUUUCUGUAUUAAGCUCAUUUAGCUUAAUAUAACCUUAAUAUUAAGAUGUCUUAUUAACAAUAGAUAUGAGCAGAUCCUUUAAUAGAGACCAAUACAUGUUUGAAUUAGAACUUUCUAAAAAGUUGAAUAGACCCAGACAUGGUGGUACAUUAGCACACCUAUAAUCCCAGCACAUGGGAGGCUAAGGCAGGAAGAUCACCAGUUUGUGGCCAUCACUCAUACAUAGAAUAAAUGGAAUUUGUCAUAUUUUGUGUAAAAAAGACUAGCAAGUACUAGACAAGUCACAGAAGUAAAUAGUAUCUUCACAUAUCCAGAUCCUAAAACAUUUAAGAGAAAAUUCUUAAAUCUCCUUUAUUAUAUUUAUCAUAAACUCUGGUUAAAUACACAUGUAUGUACGUUUAAAUAAAAUUUUAAAAAAAGUUAAUGUAAAGGAAAAUGCUUUUCAAUUUACAAUUAUCCUCCUGCCUAAAGUGUUUACCCUCACUCCGAUUCAAUAGGGAUUUAUUUUGGAAGAUUCCCCUACUCACACCCAGGAAGAAGUUGUUAAUGACAUUUCUGAAAUAACAAUAAAAAUUUUCUUUUCUUAGCCAGGCGUGGUAGCCCAUGCCUUUAAUCCCAGCACUUGGGAGGCAGAGGCAGGUGGAUCUCUGUGAGUUCAAGGCCAAUCUGGUCUACAUAGUGAGUUCCAGGACAGCUGGGACUACAGGGCAACCCUGUCUCAAAAAGACCAAAAAAAAAAAAAAUCUUUGAGUUUCUAGUAUAAAAUUCUUUAUCAUUUUAUACUA